UUAAACAUGAUGAGGUUUAUUGAGUGUAGAGAUGUCGCCGAUAUAUAGAAACACUCCCCUUCUCCAUCUCCGUCCUCCUCCCGCCUCUUCAUACCCAUCACAACUGCAAAACCAAUAUUCAAUUCCAGUUCUGUAGACCUGUUUCUUGUCAAAUUUUUAACAGACCUUCCAUUGAUGGAUAAUCUUGCCGUUUCUGCUUCUUCUCAAAAGCUAGUAUUGGGUUUUACUGCAAACCCUCGAACUGAUUCUAUAAUCUCCAACAAACCCUUGUUUUGUUCCUUCAAAUUCCCAAAGAGAAGUAGCCUACGCUCCAAAUACCCACCUUCAAUUUCGGCCGUUUCUCAACCUCAGGGCUCAACCCCAAGAACAAAUAGCAAAUCAAAUGAACUGGAGAGGCUGGGGAAAGAUUGCUUUGCUAGACUUGGUUCUUCAAGCAAUCAACAUACGUCUUCAGUUGGUGCGAGCCCACAAAUUGCAGUGCCACCCCCAUCUUCUCAAGUAGGUUCUCCUCUCUUUUGGGUGGGAGUUGGUGUUGCACUAUCGGCAGUUUUUUCAUGGGCGGCUUCAUAUUUAAAGAAAUAUGCUAUGCAACAAGCCUUUAAGACCAUGAUGGGGCAAAUGGACUCACAAAAUAACCAAUUUACAAAUGCUGGAUUUUCACCUGGAUCGCCAUUUCCAUUUCCCACACCCGUAGCCCCAGGCUCAACCGCCCCUUCACCUGGAUCACCUUUCCCUUUUCCAGCACCCCCAUCACCGAGUUCGACCGCCUCGUCUGGACCUGCUUCUCAACGGACCGUGACUGUAGAUGUACCUCGUACCAAGCCAGAGGCAACACCUGAAGCCACAAGUUCCAAAGAUAACUUUGAAUCAGCGAAGGAGCCAAAGAAGUCUGCUUUUGUUGAUGUGUCUCCUGAGGAAACAUUGAAAACAAGUCCAUUUAAGUUUGAGGAAUCUACCGAGACAGAAUCUUCAAAGGAUUCUGAAACUGCUAACCAAGCUUCCCAAAAUGGAGCUGCUUCUAAGCCGAUGGAUGGUCCUUUUGAGCAGGCUUCAUUCACAGACACAACAAAUCCUGUUAUGUCAGUGGAAGCUUUGGAGAAGAUGAUGGAGGAUCCAACUGUACAAAAGAUGGUCUAUCCCUAUCUUCCAGAGGAGAUGAGGAACCCUACCUCCUUCAAAUGGAUGCUUCAGAACCCGCAAUAUCGUCAACAACUGCAGGAUAUGCUGAAUAGCAUGGGGGGAAGCCCUGAAUGGGACAACCGUAUGAUGGACUCUUUGAAAAAUUUCGAUAUUAGCAGUCCCGAGGUGAAGGAGCAAUUUGAUCAAAUAGGACUUACCCCAGAAGAAGUUAUAUCUAAAAUUAUGGCCAAUCCUGAAGUUGCCAUGGCAUUUCAAAAUCCAAGAGUUCAAGCAGCCAUCAUGGAUUGUUCUCAAAACCCUAUGAGCAUCAUGAAGUACCAAAACGACAAGGAGGUUAUGGAUGUCUUCAAUAAGAUAUCAGAACUGUUUCCGGGGGUGACAGGUUCGCCCUAAUCGUUGAUUUCUUCAUUAAUUAGUGUGGUUUUCGUCUUUUUGGAAAGUGAGCGAGCUUAGAGCUGCAGAGCAAACCAUCUGUCGCGAUCCGUUAGCAUAGUUGAUCACAUGAGUUUGGCUGUAACUGUUAGGACAUCACGAUUCAGCUAUUAUCUCAGUCGGGUUUGCCAUAUUUGGCGUAUUAAUGUAAAAGUGAACAUACAUCUUCGUGUUUAAACGUUGAAGAUACAAGUUUUCUCGUUGAAAAAGAAUUCUAUAUUUGUCAAUUGUGCUCGUACAA